GCCUGCAACAUUUCCCUAUCUGAAGAAAUUUUCCGAAAUGGGCUCCAACGUUCUAAAGCUCUCUCCCUUCUCUUUCUCUAAGACCCUAGUCUUCCCCAAAACCAUGUUCUCAAAACUCCUCCCAAGCCCCCAAUUCACUUCAUUCUCACCAAAAACCAAUUAUGCGGGUGGGCUUCGCCUAUCACUCCCUCGCAGUAAGCGUAACUUUGUAGCCAUGGCCGGACCCGGUUCGGUUCAGAAGUCGGACGAGGAGUGGCGGGCCGUCCUCUCGCCGGAGCAGUUUCGAAUUCUGAGGCGGAAAGGCACAGAGUAUCCAGGCACAGGAGAGUACGACAAGUUCUUUGAGGAGGGAGUAUAUAACUGUGCUGGAUGUGGGACUCCUCUCUACAAGUCCACAACAAAAUUCAACUCUGGAUGUGGUUGGCCAGCUUUCUACGAGGGCCUCCCAGGAGCCAUAAACCGCACACCAGACCCAGAUGGGAUGAGGAUUGAAAUCACAUGUGCAGCCUGCGGAGGGCAUCUGGGUCAUGUAUUCAAAGGCGAAGGGUUUCCGACUCCCACAAAUGAACGCCAUUGUGUCAAUAGUAUUUCACUCAAGUUCGCUCCUGCAAAUUCUUCAUCCUCCCUGUGAAUACUUAAUGGGAAGGAUGUUUAGGAUCAUCUAUUUCUAAUAAGAGAAGAAUGCAACUAUGACCUCUUUUUUAGAACCGUAUUCUAAUGCAGUUUUCUGCUUCUGUUUUGCCCUUUUUCUCCCCUGUCAAGCCGCUUGUUAACGUGUGAAAAUUGUCUUAUUCUUGUGUGGUGUACCAACUCUUAAGUCCUGAUAACAAAGAAGAAACGCCAUUGUUGCA